AUGAGUAGCCCAAUCAACGAUGAGAAAUUAAAUCGCCUCGCGCGAGUGCGGGAGAAUCAGCGAAGGAGUCGAGCUAGAAAACAGCAGUAUAUCGACGAGCUAGAGCAAAAGGUUGCAGCCUGCAAUGCACAAGCACAGCAAAAGGAUAUCGAGCAUCGCAUGGCUUAUCAGAAACUAGAGGCCGAAAAUGCGAAUCUGCGCAGCUUGCUGAAUCGAGUCGGGGUCGAUAGUGGCUAUAUAGAGACCUAUCUCAAUCAGUGCUCGGUUCCUGAGACAUCGAGGAAACUUGCGAUUCCGGCACUGACGAAACCGCCAUCCCAGCCUUCGUCAAGCCAGCAUUCUCCUGCUGGGCCAGAUACCCCGACACAAUGCCAGCCGAGCUUGUUGCCAGCCAGGGAACCAGAAUCUUGUUGUUCAUCAGGUUCAAGCUGCGCUCCUGCAGCAAAUUCUGCUUUGACAUAUCCAACGCCCGAGCAACCCACGACGUUGCUGCCUAUGCCUCCCGUGGCGACGGUAGCGACGGUAGCAACGCAGAUGCCGAAUGUGAGCGAUGAAUUUACACCAACCGAUAAUGGCUUGAGGUUGCCUCCAAUAUCGUCCAUAUGCGAUUGUGGACCGGGAUCAAACAUAUUGUGGCCUAACGACGAGAACUCGCUCAGUUCGACCCUCUGUGGGAUCGCAGAGGAUCUGAUAAAUCGAUACAAUAUCCAAGGUGCAGAUGUCAACUUGAUCAAACAGAGGCUGUGGCCGGGAUUUCGCAAUAGCGGCCCGGAAGGGUGUCGAGUCGAUAAUAGCGUGCUGUUUGAGGUUCUGGACGAACUCAGUGGGAAUAUUCCGUCAUGA